GCUCAUUGAUUCUGUUCCCACUGCUUGCUGGCCGGAAGUGGAGGUUCCAGUUCCGGUUCCGGCUCCAUCUUGUCGAGUUGUGGCGGUUCCUGUGGAUAAUUUUCAGGGCUGCAAUUAUGUCAGACAAAGACAAAAGUGAACUUAAAGCAGAAUUAGAGCGCAAAAAGCAGCGCUUGGCUCAAAUCAGGGAGGAAAAGAAAAGGAAAGAAGAGGAAAGAAAGAAAAAGGAAGCUGAUCAGAAAAAAGAGUUGGUACAAAAUGAAGAAUCUGAUAUUGAAAAGAAGCGAAGAGAAGCUGAGGCAUUGCUACAGAGCAUGGGCAUUACACCUGAGCCCUCUGUUGUCCCUCCUACAUCUCCUCCCUCAAAAUCGGUGAGUACACCAAGUGAGGCUGGAAGCCAGGAUUCUGCUGAUUGCAGUCUUGGGCCAAGACGAGGAGCCAUUAAACUGGAGAUGGCAAAAAUCACCCAGGUAGACUUUCCUCCGCGAGAGAUUGUCACAUACACAAAGGAAACACAAACUCCAGUGAUUGCACAAAAUACUGAAGCUGAAGAGGAGGAGGAAGAUAUUGUACCUAAGCAAGCAAUUGAACCGGAACCAGAACAAGUACAAAAAGAAGAAGUUAAGGAAGGUGCACCACGUGAGCUUACAGAAGAGGAAAGACAGCAAAUUAUUCAUUCUGAUGAAUUCCUCACAUUCUUUGAUCACAGCACCAGAAUAAUUGAACGAGCUCUUGCAGAACAUAAAGAUCUCUUUUUUGACUACAGUGGCAAGGAUUUAGAAGAAAAAGAGGGAGAACUUCAAGGUGGAGCUAAACUUUCUGUAAACAGACAGUUUUUUGAUGAGCGUUGGUCAAAACAUCGUGUUGUUACAUGCAUGGAUUGGUCACCUCAGUAUCCAGAACUUCUUGUUGCUUCAUAUAAUAACAAUGAAGAUGUUCCUCAUGAGCCAGAUGGUGUAGCUCUUGUGUGGAACAUGAAAUUUAAAAAAACGACUCCAGAAUAUGUCUUCCAUUGCCAGUCAUCUGUGAUGUCAGCAUCCUUUGCACGAUUUCAUCCAAAUCUUGUAGUUGGAGGAACAUAUUCUGGCCAGAUCGUGCUCUGGGAUAAUCGCAGUAACAAAAGGACACCAGUCCAAAGAACACCACUCUCUGCUGCUGCUCACACGCAUCCAGUCUACUGUGUGAAUGUUGUGGGUUCCCAGAAUGCUCAUAACCUGAUCAGCGUUUCUACUGAUGGGAAGAUCUGCUCGUGGAGUUUGGAUAUGCUUUCUCAGCCACAGGACAGCAUGGAGUUGAUGCACAAGCAAUCUAAAGCAGUGGCUGUUACUUGUAUGUCCUUUCCAUUGGGUGAUGUCAACAAUUUUGUGGUUGGUAGUGAGGAAGGUUCUAUAUACACAGCGUGCCGCCAUGGAAGCAAGGCUGGAAUUAGUGAGAUUUUUGAUGGUCAUCAAGGACCGAUCACAGGUAUUCAUUAUCACACUGCAGCUGGACCAGCUGACUUCUCUCAUCUUUUUGUCACCUCUUCCUUUGACUGGACAGUCAAACUUUGGACAACUAAGAAUAACAAACCAUUAUACUCCUUUGAAGAUAAUUCUGAUUAUGUUUACGAUGUUAUGUGGUCACCGACCCAUCCUGCCCUUUUUGCUUGUGUCGAUGGAAUGGGAAGACUUGAUUUGUGGAAUCUCAACAAUGACACUGAAGUGCCAACUGCAAGCAUUACUGUUGACAGUAAUCCUGCACUAAAUCGUGUGAAAUGGGCUCAGACUGGAAGAGAAAUAGCUGUAGGUGACUCAGAAGGGCAGAUAUUGAUUUAUGAUGUAGGAGAGCAAAUAGCAGUUCCUCGAAAUGAUGAAUGGACACGAUUUGCUCGAACAUUGGCAGAAAUAAAUGCGAACAGAGCUGAUGCAGAAGAUGAACUUGCAGCAUGAAUAGCAGAUUAGCGUUCAAGGCAUGACCUAAUUGUAGUGUAGUUCCAAAUUUAAUUUUAUCUUUUCCAAAUCAAGUUUGUAAUUUUUCUAUCCUUUUUCGCUGAAUAUAACUUGAUGGCUAAAUAAAUCUGCUCCCCGAAACUUCUGCCACAGGUGACUGAGUCAAAUGCAAGAAUUGUUAUUUCAUCACCCAGUUAUUUACUUCUCCAUAAUAGAGUCAAUAAUAUCAGACAGUAACAAUACAGGGAAUAAAAUUUGUACUUGUUACCUUUUGCUGAUUACCACUAUUAGUGAACAGAGGUAAAGCUAUCAACUGAUAUAAGACUGCUCUCUUGUCAUAUUACAAAUUGUUCAAAUUACAUGUGGGCAAUAGAAGGGGCAGAAUAACCAUAGUGGUUACAACUUCUUGCUCUAUUAUAUAAACCUUUCCUUCAAGGGUCUAAGAAACAGGAGAAACCCCUCCCACCUUAACAGAAGUCAAAAAAAAACUUGUCAAGCUGUAUGUUGACCCUUGAACUGACUUGAUCACUGAAUGUCAUUUUAAUUAGGUUUGAGAGCUGUGCACUAUACAGUUGAGAAUCAUAUCCAGAAAUUACCAAAUUUCAUUGGCCUGGUUUUUGCCAUUCUCAGUAGGGCAUACUUGGUAUUACAGCAUUUUGUCUAGUACUAUUAAAAUGAGGACAAAAAUAUUGUGCUAAUUAAACUAACCAAAUAGUAAAAAUGACUGACUUUAUAAAGUUGUGUACUAGUUUUAAUGACAUGUUUUACAUAAAUAAUAAAACAAGUUAAAAGGUG